AUGACAGUGUUCAAAUAUCUUCGAUCGACGUAUUUUGAGAGCGGACUGAAAGUUCUUCUUCUGUUUGUAUUAUUUUUGACGUUCUGUUUGUUUUGUGUUGAGAAUCAUCCGGUCACCCUUGGAGACGGGAUAUAUCACUUGAAGACGUACCGGCUUUUUUUGUCAUAUAUUGGGAUAACACUCUUCAGCGCAGUAUUACUUGUGGUGAGUAUUAAACGAUCGAAUACCAUUCUCUUGUUAAUGUACAUCUCUGCGAGCGUCUUAAUGAGUGUUUCGUAUUUGGUGAUUGGCUCUAUAGCCAUUUUUGGUGCAGAAGACCCUAUUGACAUCACCUCACUCAAUACGAGUGACCGCACAAACUUGGAGAAAAACACGUGGUGUUGUGUCAAUGGUGUCAAUGAACAGUGUGGGUGUUACCCUUAUGAGGGGACUAAAGAAACUCAAUGCACGUACGGAUUUUGGUUUUGCACGAAACGGACUAUCCACUGCAGAGAUGGGUGUGUUGACAAUAAUGAACUUGGGUGCAUUUUAAUAGCGGUCUUCUCGUUUUUGACGUUGGCUAUACACAUAUUCUUUGGUGUCUGGAACAUAUACUGGGGAAGAAGAGAAAAAUUGGAGGAAAUGGGAGACACUAGAUAUGAGGAAGUUAUCCCAAUAACAAGGGAAAUUACUGUUGACAUGAAUAAUGAAGAACUUUGA